AUGGAUGAUGGUGGAGAAGAAGGAUUAAGCUUUGUUUUUGAAGGUGGUCUAGAGACAGUACCAACACACCUAAUUGAAGUUGUACUGGUAAACCAACCCCAAGACCACAACAACAACAACACCAACCUCAUCCCAAAUAAUGCCUAUAAUGCCCCUGUCCCUAAUCAAGGAGGUGAUGGUUCAUUUGUUGGCAAUCGUAGAAGUUUCAGGCAGAUUGUUUGUAGGCAUUGGUUUUGCUCGCUGUGUAUGAACGGUAAUACUUGUGGGUUUCUACAUCUAUAUAAUAAGUCGAGGAUGCCUAUUUGUCGGUUCUUUCGCCUUUAUGACGAGUGUCGUGAGCAAGAUUGUGUGUAUAAGCACACUAAUGAGGAUAUUAAAGAGUGUAACAGGUGA